CGGGCGUGGCGUGUCUCCUACUCCCACAGAGAGGAAGACUCAUUCUUGAGUAAUUUUACUCCGCAACACGUUUUAGGAAACACGGCAGAAAACUUUGAAUCAAGAACAGGGCAAUGAUCACGGCUGCAGAGUAUGGCGAGACAUCGUGGGAGCUGUCUGUGCAGGUGGAUCAAAAAGAUGGAGAUGAGUCCAUGAAAUUUAAGCUGAGGGUGAAGGGAGACCUGCACAUUGGGGGCCUCAUGCUUAAGUUAGUGGAGAAAAUCAAGGCUCCUCAGGACUGGUCAGAUCAUGCCUUAUGGUGGGAACAGAGGACGUGCUGGCUGCUUAAGACACACUGGACCCUGGACAAGUAUGGAAUUCAGGCUGAUGCUUUCCUACGCUACACGCCCCAGCACAAACCCCUGCUGCUGCUUCUUCCCAAUAUGAAGACCAUCAAAAUGACUGUCAGCUUCUCCAAUGUGGUUUUCAAGGCUGUGGCAGAAAUCUGUCAACUGCUCAACAUCAGGAGACCAGAGGAACUGUCUCUGCUGAAGCCGCCAGAUGAUCCAUCCAAAAAGAAGAAGAAGAAAGACAAAAACCUAGAAGAGAACAUUUGGGACAUCGAUUUGCCUACUGGAGGACCCGGAAGCUCAGCCCUCAUGUACAGUAAGACCAUGACUGCAACCUAUGACCCAGAGAAUGGGAUGCCGAUGUCUGCCACCAGCCUCUGGUUUGGAGAAAACCCUCUUGCUGACUCUCAGCCGAACUUGCCACCCGCUGAGUUGGCCAAGAUGUACCAGCCACUCUCAGUAGUGGACAAAGCAAUCAACAAUGCAGGGUGGUUGGACUCAUCUCGUUCCCUUAUGGAGCAAGAUAUCCAAGAUGACGACAAGCUGAUGCUUCGAUUUAAAUACAAUGUCUUCUUUGACCUCAAUCCUAAAUAUGAUGCUGUCAGGAUAACGCAGCUGUACGAACAGGCACGCUGGUCCAUCCUGCUGGAGGAGAUAGAUUGCACUGAUGAGGAAAUGCUGAUGUUUGCUUCACUACAGUAUCACAUCUGUAAACUGACCAUGUCAAGUGAACCAUUGGACAACUCCAACGAACCAGAAAUAGAUGAAGUCGAGGCGGCUCUUUCCAACCUGGAGGUGACGCUUGAAGGCAGACACACAGACAGGAUUCUGGAAGACAUUACAGACAUUCCAGAGCUGGCAGAUACCCUCCGACUAUUUAGGCCCAAAAGACUGACGUUGCGGCCUUACAAAGAGUACUGGUUUGUAUUCAAGGACACUACGAUUUCCUACUACAAGAACAAGGAGACUUCCAGUGGAGAACCCAUAGAGCAGCUUCACCUCAGAGGUUGUGAAGUUGUUCCUGACGUCAACGUCACAGACAAGAAGUUUGGCAUCAAGCUUCUGCUCCCUGUGGCUGAUGGGAUGAAUGAAGUGAACAUCCGAUGUGACAAUGAGACGCAGUACGCCAGGUGGAAAGCUGCCUGCAUCCUUGCCUCUAAGGGGAAGACAAUGGCCUACAGCUCCUACAAGUCAGAAGUGAGGAAUAUCCAGUCCUUUUUGCAAAUGAAGAGCCUGGCGCCCCCUCCUGGCCAGUCGGCUCCCGACCUUGACUCAAUGGAGAUGAAUGCUGAGUGUUUUGUUUCCCCACGCUACGCCAAGAAACACAAAACCAAACAGCUGACAACACGUAUCCUGGAAGCCCAUCAGAACAUAGCACAUCUGUCACUAAUGGAGGCCAAAAUGCGAUUUAUUCAGGCCUGGCAGUCACUUCCAGAGUUUGGUAUCAACUACUACAUUGUCAGAUUCAAAGGCAGUAAGAAAGAUGAGAUUCUGGGGAUCUCGUACAAUCGUCUGAUUCGCAUUGACAUGUCCUCUGGCCUCCCCGUCACCACGUGGAGAUUCGCCAACAUGAAGCUGUGGAAUGUCAACUGGGAGAUAAGACAGGUGACUAUAGAAUUUGACCAGAAGGUGACAAUAGCCUUCUGCUGUGUGAGCUGUGACUGCAAGGUGGUGCACGAGUUCAUUGGGGGUUACAUCUUCCUGUCCACACGAGCUAAAGACCAGAACGAGACACUGGAUGAAGAACUGUUCCAUAAACUCACUGGCGGCCAGCAAUGAGAUGACAUAUCAGACUGUUCUUCGUCAGGUGCAUUUGCUGUGUAUUUACUUUGUAACAAGUAACAAUGUAAGCGUUCAGUGGUAAUGUUACACACUGAGCAAAUCACUGCCAAAGAAACAGAGCAACAACUGCAUUUUUCAUUGAAUAAAAUGUAAACAGGUCUAGACAUUUACCCUGCACUACAGAAGUAUUGGUGUUGAUGUAAAUAUGUAGUGAAGAUUUGGUUUUCCCCUAAAAACUUGGAUGAAACUGUAUUUGAAAGAUUUUUUUAAAAAAGGUCAGGAGUUGUUUUUUCAAACUGACAUUGUUUGUAUAAAAACAUUAAAGGUUGGUUUUAUAUAUCGCA